AUGGAGGUUCAGGGCUCUGGACUUUUCUCCAAGCUGGUUGCCAUCACCGCGGUAGCGACGGUAAUCUAUAUUUUUUACUCCGGCAUUUCGAACCCUGCAUCCAAGGUUCCCGGCCCGUGGCAUACAAAGUGGACAGGUUGGGUUGCCAAGUACUACUGGUUCAUAGGCCAGCGACCAUUCUACGUUCAUGCCCUGCACCAGAGAUACGGUCCCGUUGUUCGGGUCAGUCCUAACGAGGUUCACACCACGAAUAUCGACGAUGUCAGGGCCAUAUACAACGCCAAGGUGACAUUUCGCAAGUCCGCAUUUUACACGAACCUCACUGGACCGCAGGUCUUGAGUAUCUUCUCUACUACAGAUGUAGAUGUGCAUCGGAAGUUCAGAAGGCUCCUGGCUUCGCAGUUGUCGGAAACCUCCCUCAAGCAGCACCUUCCCCUCCUCAACUCUCGUAUUAACCUGGCUAUCGAGGGAAUGAAGAGGGAAACAAAGAGCCAAGGCUACACAGAUUUAUUCAAGUGGGCCAUGUUCACCGCAACAGAUGUCAUUGGGACUCUCUCGUUUGGUGAAUCAUUUCAUAUGCUGGAGAGUGGAAAGAAAAACCAGUACGUAGAGGAUUUAGAACAAAUCGGCGCGCUGUCAAGACUACGCGUAGCCUUUCCACGCCUGCUUCGCUUCGCGUUCAAGUAUCCCAUUGUGCCUCUGUUCAGUCGAGCCAUCGCGCGCGGGAAGCGACUGAAUGGUUAUGCCAGACAAUCGCUCCAACGAUACCAGGACUAUGUCGAUUCGGACCCGACAACGCUGAGGCUAACCUUCUUCACCAAGCUUUUCAAGGCUGAGGAAGAUGGCAAGGUUUCUUUCAACGACAUUUUUUCAAAUGCGCAGUCGUUCAUCAUAGCCGGGAGUGAUACCACCGCUAUCAGUGCGACUUACACAAUUUGGUCGAUUAUCCAGCGACCCCAGCUUCGCCAAGCAAUCUUGAAGGAGCUUCAAGCCUUGCCCUUGGGUUUCACCGAAACGGAUCUGCGGGGCUUGCCUUUGCUUAGCCAGACCAUUGAAGAGGCCCUUCGUUUGUAUACUUCCAUACCAGCUGCCCUCCCCCGUGUCGUUCCUGCCGGAGGAGCAGAGAUUGGAGGGUAUUGGCUGAAGGAGGGCACCGUGGUUGGUACGCAAGCAUACAGCAUGCACCGAGACCCUGAAAUUUUCCCAAAUCCGCUCGAAUUCAACCCCUCUCGCUGGGAAAAUCCGACAAAGACUAUGAAAGACGCCUUUAUGCCGUUUGGUCGCGGGUCAAGAGUUUGUAUCGGCCUACACUUGGCAUACAUGGAGAUCCGGCUGCUCGUCGCGAGGUUUCUUCUCGAGUUUCCAAACGCCCGUGAGUCUACUCGUGAAGGCAUGUCGCACGAGGACAUGGAGUCGACCAUUUACUUUUUGGCGCCUCCCAAAGGCAAGCGGUGCCUCGUUGAACCAUGA